AUGUUAAAUUUUUUUGAUAUUCUUCAAGACAUAUUUUUAUUUUUUAGUAAAAGUGCUCCUAGAUGGGCUUCUCUGGCGCUAGGCGAUGAUGUAGCAAAAACUGUCUUAAAAAAAGUAUGUACAACAAGGUGGGAAUCUCAACAUAACGCAGUUUUUGCUCUAAAGCAUCGCUACAGAGAUGUCUUAAAAUCUUUAACGAAUAUAACGCUAACAAGUGACAAGAAAGAAGAAAUGAAUAGAGCUAAAGGUCUAAAAAAGAAGCUGGAAUCUUUUGAGUUUGUGCUAAUACUUACUAUAUGGGAACACAUUUUAAGACCAUUUUAUAUGGUAUAUAAAAAGUUACAAUCAAUUGAUUCUAACCUUGAUAAUGCUUGUGAAUGUUUAAAAUCGGCUAUUUCAAUAAUUCAAAAUUUGAGGGAGAAAUAUGAAGAACUGGUUGCUUCAGCAACAAAUUUGUGUAAUAGUUGGGGAAUAUUUGUGAAAAAUAAUCAACAUCGUCGAAUAUACUCAAAAAAAUUUUAUGGUGAUUUAGAUGGAGACAAAAUACAAGAUAUAACCGAAGAAAACCUCAGAGUGAAAGUAUUUUUGCCAUUGAUUGAUACAGCUUUGGUUCAGCUGAAUAAUCGCUUUAUAGGUUUACAGAAAGUAGUUGAUAAAUUCAACUUUUUAAAUCCACAUGUAAUUCUACAAUCUAGCGAAGACAACCUUGUCAAGGCUACUUAUGACUUUAUUUUGUACUACGAGAAAGAUAUAAGUUCAGAUUUUACAAGACAGAUGUUAUCUUUAAAGGAAUUUAUAAUUGAUUCACUUUCAUCUAUGAAAACUAUAAAAGAUCUAGCAAAUUAUAUUUUAGAAAAUGAUAUGGCUUCUCUUUUCAAAGAUAUAUUAACUGCUUGUAUCAUUUUUAUAUCAUUACCGGUCACUGUUGCGUCUGCAGAACGUUCAUUUUCCAAGCUAAAAAUAAUAAAAAACUACCUAAGAAAUUCAAUGGGACAAGAAAAGCUAUCAAAUAUCAGUAUUUUAAAUAUAGAACGCUCAAGAACUAAAGAACUUAAUGUAAGUAAAAUUAUUGAUGAUUUUGCUAAUCAAAAGGCAAGAAAAAAAAAUGUUUGUAAAUAA